CGUAACCUCCAGUGCCAGCGCAUUUUCCAAGUGAACGCUCCUAUUAAUUGCGUCUGCUUGCACCCCAACCAGGCAGAGCUAAUUGUGGGUGAUCAGAGCGGUGCUAUUCACAUCUGGGACCUGAAAACAGACCACAAUGAGCAACUGAUUCCAGAGCCUGAAGUUUCCGUGAAUUCGGUUCACAUUGACCCUGAUGCCAGUUACAUGGCGGCCGUCAACAGCUCUGGAAAUUGUUACGUCUGGAAUCUCACCGGCGGCAUCGGAGAGGAGGUGACCCAGCUGAUCCCCAAGACCAAGAUCCCAGCACACAACCGCUACGCCCUCCAGUGCAAGUUCAGCCCCGAUUCCACGCUCUUGGCUACAUGUUCUGCAGAUCAGACGUGCAAGAUUUGGAGGACUUCAAACUUCUCUCUGAUGACAGAGCUGAGCAUUAAAAGCAAUAACCCCGGGGAAACCUCUCGUGGCUGGAUGUGGGAUUGUGCAUUCUCUGGGGACUCCCAGUACAUUGUCACAGCUUCCUCGGAUAACUUGGCCAGACUUUGGUGCGUGGAGACAGGAGAGAUCAAGAGGGAAUACAGUGGCCACCAGAAAGCGGUUGUCUGCCUUGCUUUCAAUGACAGUGUGUUGGGUUAAUGCCUGUACGUGGGCAAGAAAGGACCGCGGCUUGUUUUCCCUUGUCUUGUGAUGACAAGCACCCUCUGGAGCCUGAGAGACAAACGCUUGUGACCAUCCCCUCCGCUGAUGGAGAUGGCUCAGUCUCUGACAGAAGCAGCUGCAUCUCCCUGGAAUGAGACCAGGCUUCAGCUCUGAGCAGAUCAUAACUGAAACGUGUUUGACCUCCAAGCGAUGCCACCUGGACAAGAGGGAACGGGCCUGGGAGGCACGAUCCCAUAGAGGGUAGCUGGGUGCAGAGCAGCUGGAGGAACUCCGGUGGCAUCUGCUGCAGACAGCUUUGUGCUGUUCUCGUACCCCAAAGUGGAAAAAAAACCCCAGCCUUUCUAAAUGAUGGAAUAGGCUGAACAAAGAGAGGAAGUGCAGCCAGUUUCUUGUUUUGCAAUCCCUUUAUUCAAAGUGUAUUUCACAGACUUACUUUGAGAACUGCACUCUGAUAAAAUCAAAAGCCCUGGCCAACUGAUAACCUUGUGUUGACCAGGGCACAUGGCCAUAAAACGCUAGCUACUCCACAUGAUUUGCCUGUGUCUAGAUCUACUGCUGUCUACAUACAAGAUGCAGCCCUGGAGCACAGCUGCAAAUAAAGUGUCUGUACCGACAAAGCUGA